GGUCCCCUUUUACGACAGUUUUCCGGCCUAGAGUGCGGCCGCCGCUGCCGUGUUUCUUGGGGCGCCGGCGUCUAGUCCCCGCCGGCGGUGUCCGCGGUGCUCUGUGGUAAAGGCGUGGAGUUGGUGGCCGCGGCCUUAUUGGCUGGGAUGACCCGCGCUCUCGGUGGAGGCAGAGGAGCCGAGCCGCAGCCAUGGCCAGUACAGUGGUAGCAGUUGGAUUGACCAUCGCUGCUGCAGGAUUUGCAGGCCGUUAUGUUUUGCAAGCCAUGAAGCAUGUAGAGCCUCAAGUAAAACAAGUGUUUCAAAGCCUACCCAAAUCCGCCUUCAGUGGUGGCUAUUACAGAGGUGGGUUUGAACCCAAAAUGACAAAACGAGAAGCAGCAUUAAUACUAGGUGUGAGCCCUACUGCCAAUAAAGGAAAAAUAAGAGAUGCUCAUCGACGAAUUAUGCUUUUAAAUCACCCAGACAAGGGAGGAUCUCCUUAUAUAGCAGCCAAAAUCAAUGAAGCUAAAGAUUUACUAGAAGGUCAAGCUAAAAAAUGAAGUAAAUGUAUGAUGAAUUUUAAGUUCUUAUUAGUUUAUGUAUGAGUACAAGCUUUUUAUAAUAAAAUGCCUCAAAGCGACAAAUUUUUAAAAUGAUUAAGCACAAACUAAAAGCUUUGGUACAAGUUUCUUGUUUAAAUUUAGAAUUUUAAAUCAGAUUAUAGAGUAUUUGGAGAUUAAUACCCCUUAAUUAUGAAUACUUACUAUUUGAAUAGAAAUACUGUUCAUUACUCAUUUAGCAAAUAAUUUAGUACCUACUUCAAAGCAAAGCAAACAAGACAGUCUGUGGGGUGGGAAACUGAUAAACUGGUCAUUACCAUGUGAUGAAUAUUACGAUUGAAUUAAUUAGCACAGGUUGUUAUAGUAUGGACUCAUCUCAUUGGGAGGAAAGACUGUCAAGGUACAGAGAACUGGCCCAGCUGCUUGGAACAAUGAACUUAAAAGUGAAUUUGGCCACAACUUUGCCACAAGAAAUUGAUCUAGGAUAUAUCACUGAAAAAAUUCAGUUUUCAUACAUUUAAAAACUGAUAAAAAAGAUCUGAAAGUACAGGUCUUGGUUUUAGUCAAGCUAGCCCCUUAAACUGACCAUUUAUAAAUUACUUUUUACAUAAUCAUAAGUUUUGCAUUUGUUAUGACCUAGCUUAAACACAAUAUUAACUGAAAUGCCCUCAGUUAUCAAAAAAUUUAGCUUGAACUAUGAGAAUUUAUACAUUGAUAUAUUUUAGUGACACUUAGGGGGACAAUGGCUAUUGGUCUACCAUAAAAUAUGUAAGGAUCUUAAACCAAAGGACUUGUAUAAAACACCCACGGUAAAUAGUCUGUGAUCUCCUGCAGGAGUACUUACUGUUUUAGCUUUAAGAUGAUUAUUUAUACUACCUACCAUCUAAACUUUAUUAAAUCAUCCUAAAAUUCUUAAUGAUUAAUGGAGAACACAAAAGACCUUCCAGGUCAAAAUAAUGGUGGUAAUCAUAGUAUUAAAGUGUGUUUAGGGGCAUUUCAAUGUUGGGGUAUAUUUGCUUUUGAUUUUCCAUCCUGUUUCCUUGUUUAAAAUCUGGUCAAGCCCAUUUGUUAAGUUUUAGAAUAUGAUGAGGCUUAAGGUAGCCAUGACUUUUGUGUAGGAUCAAUCUUUAGUUAUUUCCAGGUGAAACGGUGUAGGAGGGUACAGUUGAUUUUUGUUAUUCGAAGUAGUGGUUUAUAAAGUCACUGAGAACAGUCAAUUAGCAAAGACUGAACCAUUGUUCCUAAGGGAAAUACAGCUUUCCAUGAGGUCUCUGGUCGCAACACUUUUGUUAGCCAAUCAGUAUAUAAUCUUGUUUUA